UCGAACCAAAUUGCGUAUCAGCGAAUUGCGAUAAUCGUCCGGCAAAUGCGCGAUACACGCAUAACAGCUGGCACCAAUCCAAAUCAGUAUUAACUCCACGGCGCAACCGUUUGUUUACGAUCGCUAUUUUUUCAUUGCGUUAUCUCCGUUCGUUGCGUUAUCGUCACUGAUCUUUAUCAAAAUUCCAACAAAUAAAUUGACACCUUGUCACUAAUUACGAAAUUAGGUUGACGGAAUGAUUUAAAUUGAUGUUUGGGUCGAGUGAUGUAUGUGUCGGGUGAGUUUUGGUAGUUUGCGGAUGAAAUGCAGGUGCAUCAGGAUUUCACCAAAACAGAAAUGUCCUUGAAAAUACGAAUUUUCUUGAAAACGUGCGGUCACGUGUUGUGAACAAAAACAGACGAUUGGUUGUUGUGGAGCGUGCCCUGCGCGCGACCGAUGCGCAACAGUGACCACAAAAUGCCGUCAGAGUCCAAACCUUUGUUGACAGCUCAGACGGAAAAGCCAAAUCAUUACUCAUAUCUGAAGGAGUUCCGCGUCGAGCAAUGCCCGCUCUUCUUACAGCACAAAUGCACGCAGCAUCGUCCGUUCACCUGUUUCCACUGGCAUUUCAUGAACCAGAGGCGACGUAGACCCGUCCGAAGACGCGACGGUACCUUUAAUUAUAGCGCGGACAACUACUGUACAAAAUACGAUGAGACAACUGGCAUCUGUCCCGAUGGAGACGACUGCCCAUACUUGCACAGAACUGCGGGCGACACUGAGCGCCGGUAUCACCUGAGAUAUUACAAGACCUGCAUGUGUGUACACGAUACCGAUUCACGCGGCUACUGCGUAAAGAAUGGAUUGCACUGCGCAUUCGCUCACGGCAGUCACGAUCACAGGCCGCCCGUCUACGACAUUAAGGAAAUACAGGCGCUCGAGGCGUCCGAAGCUGAAGGCAGCGGCUCCGCCAACGGACCGAACGCUCUGGACAAAGAACGGAAUUUGAUGAACGAAGAUCCGAAAUGGCAAGGGUUCUUGGGUGUUGUAGACACGAACUUUGUCCUGGCCAAUUACAAAACGGAACCGUGCAAAAGACCGCCACGUUUGUGCAGACAGGGCUACGCCUGUCCUCAGUACCACAACAGCAAAGACAAGAGAAGAAGUCCUCGGAAAUUUAAAUACAGAUCAACACCUUGUCCGAACGUGAAACACGGCGAGGAAUGGGGCGAGCCGGGCAACUGUGACGGCGGCGAUAUGUGUUCGUAUUGUCACACCAGGACUGAGCAACAGUUCCAUCCCGAAAUAUACAAAAGCACCAAGUGCAACGACGUACAACAGUCUGGUUAUUGCCCUCGGGGUGUUUUCUGUGCAUUUGCUCACGUGGAACAGGAAAUGGGUGUACAAAGGGACACAGGAGACUGCGGCACAAAUUUAGUUGAGAUAUUAUCCAACGCUCUUCCGUCGGACAAGAACAAAGAAAAGAGUAGUGAUAGUUCUGUAAGUUUCACGAUAUUUUACCCCGACGAAAAUGGCAGUAGCGAAGUGAGCGAAUCUGCUUCAACAUCCUCGUUAGGUUCAAAUAGUUCUCAUAAUAAAGCGCCGGGUUCGCAACUUGCCCACAAGCCGGCCUUCCAAAGACAUCCCACAAUAGGUUUAGAAUUAACUAAUAAAUUGUUAGCAAUUGACAAGGAUCCAACGUUAGAUCCGAUAGAAAGGGAACAGAGAAAACAAUCUCUCUAUUAUACGUAUAGUAAUUUAGGCGCGUCAUAUUUUACAGGCAAUGACACAGUGGAAAGUGUAGUAGGUAAUGCAUUAGAUGAUCUAAUACUGGAGGACUCCUUGGGAUUAUCGAGUGCAUUGGAUAGAGAUUCCGAAUCGCCUGGCGUUUCGAAUUCGAUAUCCGUCGGUCUGGCCUCGUCUGCCGGUCUCCUGGGCAGUUCAGCGCCCGUCAACAUUCCCAACGCCCGUUCGGGAUUGGUGAGCGGCUUUAGCCCCACCAGUAACAGUCCCCUACAACCGUUCCUCAAUGCAACCAGGUUUCCUCAAUCCGACAUCGAUUUCUUAAAUCACUCGCAGAUUCAGUUGAGUUCCAGUGCUUCGAAGAUCAACAACUAUCCCAACUUCUUCGAUUUUCAGGCACAAAGUAUAUCACCCAGCUCUAGAAACCACAAUAAUUUUAGCAUGUCGCCCAGUGUUAAUAGCGGCAUGGAAGCUCAAAGAUUAAGAGAAGAACUCAACAGUACUAGGUUACAAAUAAAUUCGUACGAGGAUAGACUGGUGCAGGUGAGGAACGCGUGUGACGCAUGGCAACGCGAGGCCGAAGAGGCUAAUCGCAAGAUGCAACAGACCGAGAGCAAACUUAACGAGACCCUCACGCAAUUGAACAACGUGAAACAAGAGCUGGAAAAUUUACAGGGCGGCCCGUAUAUCCGCAGCUUGCACAAACUGUCCGAAUUGCCCAAGUUGUCGCUGGGCGUGCUCAAGAGCCUGCAGACGCAACUCAGACAGGAUCUCGAGGAGAUCGACAAGGUAUUGUACAGGGAGACGGCCUCUAAAUGCAUGGUAUGCGAAGAACGCAACAGAACGGUCACUCUCAAUUGCAACCAUUUCGUGCUGUGCGACAGUUGCGCCGCCACUCAGACCGAGUGUCCGUACUGCCAGACGCCGGUCAAUUUGAGCACCAUGUGAAGGAGAGAUGCUUAGGGAUUGCAAACGAAACGCCCCGGUUCCCUUCGCUCGGUUCUGUGAGUACGCAAAAGGAAAAUUAAGAGGUGACAGCGCAACCGAAUAACUUUAUUUUUUACUAUUUUUUUAAGGAAUGUUUUACAUUCAAGUGCUUUUAUACAAUCAGUGUUUGAUUCGCCCUAAAGAAAAACAUUCCCCUUAAAUCCAAUCGCACACAUACACAUUCCAAAAGUCGUUCGGUAGCGCCGUCUCGCCAUGUUAUUGUAUUUACUUUCAAUUGAUUUUAUCUUCAAACGUUAAACAGUGCCAAAACACUAAACCGGAACUGACGGCGACAACUUGGGCGGGUUGGUUGCAAAUUAACAAAUUAUUAAAUGGAUUUUUUCACUAUAGGUUAUUUUCCAAUUGAUUUACGCGUAAGUUAGACCAGCGGUUCUCCUCCCUCACCGCCCUGCUGCCACAUCACAUACAUUUUAAUUUUGGUGGCCGGACGGUUUUGGGGGAGAGACGCGCAUUUUUUUCUAAUUAAUUUUUUCUGUCCGAUCCACGACCUGGACGCCGAAAAUUUUAUGUUUACUCAAUGACGUGGUUGUUCGAUGGAGCGGCGAAGAGAUCUGUGAUUGACUGAUAGUAUUUUUUAUUAUUAUUUUUAUUAUUUUUGGAUUUAACCCGCAAAAUUUUGUUGUGCUUCGUCGUUAUCGAACGAGGGGCUCAGUUCGCGGUGGAUUGGACGUGUCAAAUGAAAUUCGUUUAGUUAGGUAGGAUUUUCAAAUUUAUUAGUUUUUAUUAAAAUUUUGCUGCACCAUGUAGAACAUAUCAAUAUAUUUAUUUAUUUAGAUUAUCAUAUAUAUUUUUAUACUUCAAAUUGAAAAAAAAAAAUUAUUUUACCGACCUCCAAAUGUGAUGCGUUGCUUUAUUUCUCCCGACUUGUAUAAAUUGUAAUUAUUUUCUUAGAAUUUAAUGAAUUGGAUUGAAUAAAAAACUACUGACAAGUCAACCAAAAUAUAUUGAGCGAAAGUGAUUGAGUGGAGUGCAGCAUAAAAUGCAGUUCAAAUUGUUUUUACAAUAAAAAAAUGACUGAUACGAUUGUAUUUAUUUAUAUUAGACUUUUUUAAUUGCUGAUUCCCGAUAAUAUAUAAUAUACCUUUUUCAAUUAGCCUCUCUAAAACCAUUUGCUCCAUAUUUUGACUGCGUGGAAUUAUCAAAAGUAGCAAUAAGUUUUAAUCCUCCAGCUCUUUUGUUGAAUGUGUCUGUGUUAAUUUAAGUCGGUAGUUUUUAAGAUAGGAUAUAACAUCGAAGAUUUGAAUAAUCUUGUGAGUGUUGAAGAGUAUUUUGAUAUUAUAUAAGUGAUACAUGAAAUAAAAGAGUAUGAUAUGUCAAUUUUUGCGCCCCGAUUUGAGCAUAUGGUUUUCGAGAAUAUAAAAUGCCACAAACCAAGGAAUUUACAACUUGAUAACAUAAUAUACUUAUAUUUAGCUAGGUAGUUUUAAUAAAAUAAUAAAUUAUAAGUAGUGGGCCUAUAGUUAUUAUACACACUUAGAAUCUUUAGAAACUUUACAUAGGUCAAAGAAACUGGCUUUUACAUAAUAAACAUAUGACGGAAAUCAACUUACUAUAUCAUAAUUCUAUAAGUGCAUGAAUCAACAGAUAUAUAGAGAUUAUUUUCCUAUUUUUAUGGUAUGCUAAGUGAUUUAUUGGGUGGUGCACCCUUAAUACGUACUGUAAAUAUUAAAUAUAUUGCAAUAAAUGUAUAAUCAAACCUAAAGUCUGCGCUGAUCGGUUUUUUUGACUUAUAUAAAAUAUAUAUUUAGAAUAUAUUUGAAACAAAAAAAUUGUCUUUAAAUAAUAUCUAUUUGUCCAUUGCGUACAUUAGAAUUUGUUGUAUUUUUAAUAGUUGUUUACAAAAAUUUUAAUUUAUACUAUACAUGUAAUAUUUGUGUAAUUUAAAAUCUAUAAUUAAAUUAGAAUAUCAAAUUUUAUUAUUUUUUUAUUUGUAUUUGCGAUGUUUAUUUUUAUAUUGAAAAUUGGCAAAAGUUUUAAAGUGACGUUUUAGCAGUACAAAGUUUAUAUUUAACGACGUUAACCAUGAGUUUAGUAUGGAAUUUUUGAGAAGACAAUGCAAAAAUUCCAUACACCAAAAACUAAUAAUAAAGCAAACAGUGACAGCAGUACAAAUUUGUGAACGGGAUUUCUAAAAUGAAAAUUAAAAACUAGGGAGUAGCAUUUUUCGGCAAUAUUUGUGUGGAUAAACGUAAGUGUGUAAAAAUAAAUAAAACAUAUUUUUAAAAUGCGAAUAGUGUGAAGUAUUAUUAGGUGUCGUUGGAUUUUAGAUUUUAAAACCAAAUUCUGUACCUAUUAUUGCUUUUAUAUUAUUUGACUCAAUAAAAUAAAAUUUAAAGAUUUUAA